AGCCAUUAUGAUAUACCACUACUUCUUCUCUGUCUUGAUUGCAGCUCUCGUCUCAAGAGCAGCCACUGCAUCAUUUGCCGAAUCUUGCAGGUCCUUUUCCGUGAAACUUGCAGACAAUAAUACCCCCCCAGGUGGGAUUGUCGAAUACGUCUCUGCAGGAACAGACCUGCCCCUCCCAUACAACGACCCCUCGUGCAAUCGUCCAAACCAGACCGUCACGGCAGAUUUGUGCCGUAUUGCACUUGACGUGUCGACCUCUAAUCUCUCGUCUGUGGUGUUGGAACUGUGGCUCCCCCGUAACUGGACGGGACGCUUCCUAGCGACAGGGAACGGAGGAAUCGAUGGAUGUAUCAAAUAUGAGGAUCUCGCGUACGGCGCUGCUCAUGGCUUUGCAGUGGUAGGCUCGAACAACGGCCACAACGGGACGAGUGGCAGGGCGUUUUAUCAGAACGAAGACGUCGUGAUUGAUUUUUCCUGGAGGGCUCUCCACACAAUCGUGGAGAUAGGUAAAAACCUCACCAGUCGCUUCUACGGAUAUCCACACCGCACAUCAUACUAUCUCGGCUGCUCCCUUGGUGGACGCCAGGGUAUCAAUGCUGCUGAUCGGUUCCCUGGGGACUUUGACGGGAUAGUAGCAGGCAGCCCAGCGGUGGAUUUCAACAACCUCGUUUCAUGGCGCGCCAGCUUCUUCCCGCUCACGGGGUCCUACAACUCGUCCGAGUUCAUCACCAGGGCGCAGUGGACGGGCCUCAUCCACGACGAGAUUCUAAGGCAGUGUGAUGGGAUCGAUGGGGUCUGGGAUGGUAUCAUUGAAGACCCAACACUCUGUCAUUUUCACCCGGAUCCCUUGGCGUGUACCACCACUGCUCAUAAAGAGAACUGUUUGUCGGCCGUGCAGAUCGAGACGGUUCGGCGCAUCUUCAGCCCACUACUGGCUGGAGAUGGGGAGCUCAUCUUCCCGGCGAUGCAGCCUGGUAGUGAAGACCUCGCAGUUGAGAGACUUUAUGCCGGUAAACCAUUCAGUUAUUCGGAGGACUGGUUCAAGUACGUGGUAUUCGAUCCAUCCUGGAACCCUGCAUACUUCAACCUCUACGACGCCGAGACCGCAGACGCGUUGAACCCGGCAGAGAUCCGCACCUGGCCGAGUGAUCUGUCUGCCUUCCACGCAAGAGGUGGCAAGAUGAUCACGUUCCAUGGCCAGCAAGACAACCAGAUCACCAGCUUCAAUUCUAUCCGGUUUUACGACCGUCUGGCGGCUGGCGGGAUGCAAACGGGCGCAGAGCAGAUGGAGGCCUUCUUCCGCUUUUUCCGUAUCUCAGGCAUGUUUCACUGCAAUACGGGACCGGGAGCCUGGGUAGUUGGACAGGGCGGGGGCGCCUCCGCUGCAGGCAUCCCGUUUGCAAGGGAAAACAAUGUUUUGGCUGCGCUGGUGGCGUGGGUGGAGGACGAGAUUGCCCCGGACACGAUUCUGGGCACGAAAUUCGUCAACGACGAGGUGGGAAGGGGGAUCCAAAUGCAGCGCAGACAUUGUCGAUAUCCGUUACGCAAUACUUAUAUCGGAGGAAAUGCAUCAUUACCGGACAGUUGGAUGUGUCUAUAGACCAGGCUUUGGGUUCCUAUAUAAAAGCAGUCUCUCCCUUGGUAUAUUUUAGUUUUCACACACAUAUAUAUAUAUAUUAUUCUCUUC